AUGCUCACACUCGUUGCCGUUAUUGCCAUAUCUAUUUGGACUAUUGUACUCGGUCAGCAUUUGUCAAAUGGUUUCAUUGGUUUACCAAAAAAUAUAUCUCGUCUACCAAUUAUAAUGGAAUAUUUUAUCGAUCAAGAAAAAUAUUUUUAUUUAAUUUUGUUGCACUUCUAUGCACUUCUAUGCAUCGGAGGAAUUGCGAUAUUAGCAGUAGGAACACUGCUUCUUACGUAUCUUCAGUAUAUCUGUGGAAUGUUCAAAAUUGCUGGCUAUCGUAUUGAGCAUGCAAUAAACAUUAAUAUUCGACAAAAUAUUACAUCAAAAAAUAAAAUUUUGAUGAGGGAGGGCAUAAUUUGUGCUGUCGAUAUUCACCGACAAGCUAUGAAAUUGUCCAAACAUUUGCUGUCCAUAUUUGAAGUAAUGAUGUUUUGUUUAAUAAUAUUUGGUGUGACUUGCUUAACGCUAAAUCUAUUUCAAGUAAGUUUUCUGUUUCGUAUUGUAAUAUGUGGAAAUGCAUACAAAUGCUGCUCCGAAAUUAUGUGUAUUAACAAUCUUGUUCAGUAA